CAAGCCUGGGUCCUAUAUCAAUAUUGCAGAUUAGUGAUUCGUCGAUACAUAGCGCCCAACGCUCAUGUUCGCAUCCCAAUGACGCUUCCCCGCUCCACCGGAUCACGAGCUCAGGCUUACACAAAGGGAUCAUUGACGGAAACGACGAAGACCUGGCCGGCCUCCUUCAGCUUAGGGUGGUUGAUGUAGCCCGGGACGUGGGUACUAGAGCAGGCAGGGCCUAGAAAAGUAGAACAAAGUACAUCGGUCAAUGACGGAGGUCUUGCGAGGGGAUUGUUCUUAUUUGGGGAUGUCCGAAUUCACGCACUGAAGGCGGCUGGGGUGCCAAUGAUAACAGCCUUGCCCUUGAUCUCCUUGGCGAGGUUGAUUUUGUUGCCGGGAGAGUUCUCGACCAGGACGUCCAGGUUAGGAAUGGCGUCGCCCUUCUGGACGAGGCUGCGCGAUGUGCUGUGGAAGGGGGCGGCGCGGACGCGGGGAAGGUUGGUGGCAAUGCGGCGGGCGAACAUAAUUGCGAUUCAAUUCAAAAUUCCGAGAACAAGAUUAUAGAGGUGGUGAUCGAGGAGAUGCAGAUUUGGGAUGGGAGGGAUGGAGGAUGGGAGGCCGCGUUGUUGAUGUUGUGCGAGGAGGAGCUCCGCAGAAUUGAUGAUUUCGUCAUCGGCCGUUGGGGGACGAUCGUCGCCCGUUGAAACUCUGCAUUAAAAGGACCCGGUGCCCCUGACUUGGGACCAGCACGGGACCAGCACUCGAGGAAGGAUCAUUAUGCUCUGUUUUACUUUUUAUUUUUGAUGUUGAGAACCUACAACGUACCAUGAUCUUAGGUGGCCAUGGUUAUCCUCUCCUAUGCAACCAUGCUGAGCCUCCGAAGGGUACGAACCCGCUCGGUGAAUUUGCCGACCAGCCAGGGCGCUUUGGCCCACCGAUGGGGACGAAGACCACCAUCUUGCGAAUGCCUACGGACUCCGUGAUCAUCAUCGUUGACGAUGCCUCGUGACGACGUGAAUUCGUUGGGCACCGUGUGCCACGGGGUGAACCACGGGCUUCAUUGAUUUUAUGGAGAUCUCCCGGUCGUUCCACAUAAUACCAAAUCGUGUCCUCUCUCACCGUUCGUCUUGCCAACUCAUCAGCGAACUACUCCGUCGGAUUCACCAGCCAAUGUGUGAAGACUACCGGAGAAGCCAGCCACCAGUCGUGAAGCUCGGCCGAACACAUGUGGGAACCAGCAAAAAGCAAAGAUCCACACUUUGUUUCCCUGGGCCCAAGGAUUUGCUCCGACCGGUGGAGCUUUCCUCUUGCAUUACUUAAUCAAGUUCCCAUUGAUCUGACUGGGAUCUGCUGGUCUUUCUAAAGCUAAUGUCUCACGGGCUUUCUUGGUGAUUGGGUCUGAAUUUGGUCCAGUCAUUCUCUCGUCGUCAUGAAUGGGGGACCAUGGGACGAUCCUAUGCACUAUGCACACGAUGUUAAAGUCGAGCGCAAUACCACGACAGUAUACGACGUAUACACGCAGUGCCUGGAGGGAGCUUCGAGGCCGCACUCUGCAUGGGUCGAAGGAAGGUUUUGCCCCCGGAGGGAUCGUACCGAUUGUAUCGUUCCGAGGAGGAGGGGGAAGUGGGAGGAUAGUAUGAUGUUGUGGAUGAUGAAAGACUAUGAUUGUAGGGCUGGAAGGACCAUGCAACCAAAUAAUUGAGACCGUCAAUACAUUCAUUGUUGAUAACACCCGACCUCCUUGCAUCAUUCCACAGGCCCGAGGAAAAGUCACAGAGUAGUCUAAAACUACCUCCAAAUGCCUCAAAGACGCAAGAGGACUGUCAAGAGAUCAAGGGCCUUGGAACCACGACCGACUCCACAACCAGGCAACUCGUUCCAUUUUUUAUUUUUUUUUCUAUAAUUAUACUAUUAUACCAUGUUAGACAUGGCGAUUGUCUCCUUUAUGCCGGUGUCCCACCGUAACUUUGGUACUUGGCUCUACCCGUCCGUCUUGUUCUUUUCGUAGUAAUCCGAUCCAGGCGGUACCCCGUUCGCUUCUGAUCAGAAAUUAUUCCCUUCUUUUUUUCCCUCCCCAACCUCGCGACUCUCCGGCUUUGCUUUUCGGCCUCCUUUUCUUUUUUGAUUGAACCCCCCCCCAGCCAGCGACUGGUCUCCGUUAUAUCUCCUGAUUCCCGGUUCCUCUUGGAAUUUUGCAUUGCUUAUUACCUUCGAUACCUGUAUACCCGCCAGCCCGCCUCCGGGUCCAGCCUGCUGCUUGUUCGACCGGUCGCGACCCGUCUAGCCCAGCAUGGAGGGUGGCCAGACCUCGUCGAAUCCCGCCCCCGCUGGGAACUCCAGCGACUUUGUUCGCAAACUGUAUAAAAUGCUGGAGGAUCCCUCCUACGCGUCGAUUGUACGCUGGGGAGAUGAAGGGGAUAGUUUCGUGGUCCUCGAGUGCGAGAAAUUCACUAAGACCAUCCUGCCAAAACACUUCAAGCAUAGCAACUUUGCCAGUUUCGUGCGCCAACUGAACAAGUACGACUUUCACAAGGUCCGCCAAAAUAACGAGGAGAACGGCCAGUCGCCGUAUGGUCAAAACGCAUGGGAGUUUAAACACCCCGAGUUUCGUGCCAACAGCAAGGAUUCUCUAGACAACAUUCGUCGAAAGGCCCCUGCCCCCCGCAAGCCGACCCAGACCACUGAUGAAUCCGUACCUACCCAACAGAUCGAUCUGCUUAACCAGCAAAUUGUCGCCCAGCAACAACAAAUCCAGCAUCUUUCCGAUCGCUAUGCUCAGCUCACGGUGGACCAUCAGCUCAUGUUGCAGGAGGUGAUGCGGGUGCAAAAGACGGUGUUGAACCAUGAGAAUGUCAUUCACCAGGUCAUGACUUACUUGCUCUCGGUGGAUGCGCGCCAAAGGAGGGACAGCAAGGCUCUUUCCUUCCAGGGACCGGGCGGUGCUGCCAUGAGCCCGUCUCAGGUUGGAGCUGUGGACGACGAGCCAUCCUCGCCCCUUCAGCAGGCAUCGAAGCUGUUGAACGACAUGAAUUCAGAGAUGCAGUUCAACCUGGCGGCCAUGGACCCGAACGCAGCCAACGAUCCCCAAAAGGCUGGCGCAGUCCCGGUCGCUACGCCCGCCAUGGAUCCCGCGGCACGCAACGGGGUUGCUGCAGUCGCCGCGGUCGCUCGUCCAGUGACUACCGCACCACCCAACCCGGCGGCGCUGGUCUACCCCAAGAUGGGCGGCGACUUGGAACAAGUGGUCUACCCUGUGGGUGCCACCAAUGGUAUUGAUCCGAUGUAUAGCGAGCACGUCAAUAACGUGCCAUAUCCCAUGCCCGCCAAGCCAGAGGUUGAUCCUGCAGAGGCUCGGCGGUACCAAGACAACGGUAACCGCAAGAAGACCACCAACGUCGACCCUGGCUGGGUGCGCAGUCCACAAAUUUUGCUGGUCGAGGAUGACGCGACUUGUCGACAAAUUGGCGGCAAAUUCUUAUACUCUUUCAACUGUGUGGUUGACACUGCGUUCGACGGUCUGGAGGCUGUAAACAAGAUGCAAGGCGGUUCAAAGUACGAUCUAAUUCUUAUGGAUAUCAUCAUGCCGAACCUCGACGGUGUAUCUGCUUGUCAUCUCAUCCGCCAAUUCGACCGCACGCCGAUCAUUGCCAUGACCUCCAACAUCCGUAGUGAUGAUAUUCAGCUCUAUUUCCAACAUGGUAUGGACGACGUCCUCCCCAAGCCAUUCACUCGCAAGAGUCUUCUCGGUAUGCUGGAGAAGCAUUUGGUGCACCUCAAGACUAUGGCGCAGGGCAUCGACGCCGCCCCGUCCGCCGCAGCAGUGACAAUGGCGGCUCAAACAUCGGCCACCCAAUCAAUCAAAGAGGACAAUAGCUCCCCUGGUCAAUCCCCGGCUGGAUCAAUGACCAACUGGCAAUCACCCGGCCAGUUCCAUGGCAUGGCACCGGUGCCACAACCGAUGCCUGCGGUUCCAGGACAAUUUGUGGCCGCCCCCGGCGCACCACCGGGAGCAUACACGGUGGACCAAAAUGGCGUGCAGUUCCCUGCGCCACCCGCCGUGACCGUUCCCUCCAAUGGUGCCCCUCCUCGACCACAACAUCGUCGGCAAAUGUCCGAAAUGUCUAGUGCCACAGAAAACCCGAAUGUCAAGCGACAGCGCAUGUACCCUCAAUCUCAGCCGAUGAUGGCGGUACAGGCUGGGCGACCUGGUUAAACCUCAACACGCGCUAUUCUUCUUGCAUGUCCCCCCUUCCUAUUCAUAUUCUCCUUCUCUCUCUUUCCCUCUCUCUCUCUCGAUUUUAUCUCCCUGUCCAUUGCCCUACGAUUCCCACUGUCUAUAAUGAGGCCUUCACUCGUAUAUUACUCGCUUUGCUCGGUCGUCAUUCCCAGCUCGUCUUUGUUGACUUGGUCACGGUUGUUGUAUCCCUUACAGGUCAUGGCGUUUUGUGUUGCUCUAUUGUUCCAAGGUUCUUGGAUUUUGGAUGGCGAAUUUGUACGGUUACGAUUCACGCGUCAGCGUUGAUCCACCCCUGGACUCUCAUAUACACAUUUCUACCCUCCCCAUGACUAGGGAGGUUGUUUAGCCUGGUACAUACUAUACACAAUUACAUACAUUAUUUCUCACUUGGUU